UUGCCAUCUUCACAUAUAACCUUUGUCUUUCGAAUGAAUUUGUCACAGAUCAUUCUGAUGUGUUAUAAGAAACAGGUUUAUUAGUUUCGAUGGAAAGCUUCUGAUACAGUUCAGUUUAUUGAGACCUCUUUUACACCUCGUGUUCUGAGCUGCAUGUGGAUCUCUCAAAGCGAUUGUGAGACAUUUAUCGCAGUUAUAACUAAUUAAUUAGUGUGAGCUGCACUUGUUUUAACUGUAGUAACCCUCAAGGUGUCAUCGUUUUACUGACAGUUCGUUAACUGAAGCUGUGAAGGCAAGAGAGGACAAAGCAAUACGGAACAAUUCAGUUGUAAAGUGCGAGCCCUUCUCUUUAAGUGAAGAGAAGUUGAUUUUAUUAUGUAUUCCAAAGUACAGAUUAGGAAUGAGCUGAUAACUUAACCAUGUGAAGGUGGAAUGUCUGCACCGAAUGUCACGUAUCCGUAACUCGUCAAUUCAUACGUGACAUGCAACCCGUUUGCUCUCUAACCUCCACUGAGGCCGUAUUUUCUCUUUCCAAAGCGCCCGUUGUCAUUAUGUGUGCAGUGAUAGCGUAGGUGGGGCUUAGAAGUGACAGAAAGAUACACUUCCUCUUCCCAUGGUGGUGAAAAAGGUUGGCCAACCUCCACUCUGCCAGAGGAAGACCGUUUGAAACGGCGACAAGCGCAGAGCUGUGUGUGUGUGUGUGUGUGUAGACAUUGCACUGCAGAUAUUUCCGCCUCCUCUCCCCUCCCCUCCCCCCUUCAACCGAACUCUUCCACAUUGUGCAUUAGAGUGUGACCUUAAGUGCAUAUGAUGUGUGAGUCGUGUUGGUAGGGUCCAGCUCCCGUGGGUUACUCUGUAGAAAUGGAAGAAGAUCAGGUGCCGAACAAGGAUUUCUCUCAAGACACAGAUUUGAAGAAGGUGCAUCACAAAUCUGAAACCAAGCGAUACAGCGAGAUCUUCAGAGACUUUGAUAAUCUCGAUUUAUCUUUCAUUUCUUCUACAGGGGAGUCUCUACUGGCCGACUUUGACUCGCCGUCUAUCACAGAGUCCAUCUGUACAGGAAGCGGAGAUCUCACAGAGCAGCUGGAUGUGUCUAUCAGUGGUGAGGCCAAUGACGCAGAUGGAAACCAACCAGCCCAGGAAGCAGACCUAGCCCUUUGUCGGUGUGAUGAUGGAGUGGAGACGGCACUGCAGUACACCAAGAUGUGGUGCCGCUACGCUAAAGACCUCCUGGGGUGGUUGGAAAAGAGAAUCAGCUUGGAACAAGAAUUUGCAAAGAAUGUAGUCAAGGCAGCAGAAGGAGCCAAAGCCAAUGUGGGGCAGCAGGAGAUGAUGCCCCUGCAGUGCAUCUACACUAUGGCGCUGGAGCAAGACAUCAAGAACAGUUUGUCGGCUAAAAAGACAUCAGAGCUGCUACAGAACCGCUGUCAUCAAGCCUUGGCUGCCAAGAAGAAUGAGAUUGACAAGUGGCGCAGAGAAUUUAAGGAGCAGUGGGCAAGAGAGCAAAGGAAGAUGAACGACGCAGUCACGUUGUUGAAAAAGGCUCGUCACCAGUACUACCAGCGCUGUGACGAGCUGGAAAAGGCCAAAGCUGUCUCUGCUAAAGCUGUAGAUGACACAACCGGAAUGAAAACACUGGAUAAGAGGCGGAAGUCCAAGGAUGAAGCCCAGUCUAAGGUGGCGGAGGCACAGUUUCUGUACAAACAGUGUGUUACUGACGUGAAAACCCACCAGGAUGAUUUAGUAAAGGUCAAAGAGAAAAUUAUUGCCCACAUUCGUAAGCUCAUCUGUCAGGGAGACACUGUGCUCAAGGAGGCCACAGUCAACAUGUUUUACUUCCAGCGGCAGCAGACGGAGUCUGUCCCCCUCGGCUAUCACAACCUGGAGUCAACUUGCAGGUCCAUGGAGCCCGGCGAGCAAUACAUGCUCUUCGUCCUCAGCAAGCGUCGCCCUGAGCAACCGCUCCAAGUCUUCACCUUCCAGGAGUACGUUCGUCCGUCCAAAGGGAACAAGCGAAAAACCAGCUACGCUCUCAGCUCUCUGCAGGACUCCGUACCGUUGACAGACGAUAACCCUUCCAGACGAAACAGCGAUGGCAGAAGAACAGGGCACAGUGACAGUGAGAGUUUCGGAGGCAGUUUGGAGUCUCUGUCCAGCCCUGCUCACACUAAUAGGAGGCUGCCGAAAACAGCAUCCACUUUGACGGUGUCGUCGGACGACAUGGACGAACGGGACGUGCCGUCAGAAUCGGAAUACAUUGAUUGUCCGCCGGUCAAAGUAAGGACUCUUUCCCAAGCCGCGUUGACACACCGACUGAAGAAGAUGAAGAGCAAGAUGGUCAAAUGCAAGCAGUGUGAAAACUAUAUUGUUGUCCAUGGCGUCGAAUGUGAGGAGUGCGGGAUGGCUUUGCACAGGAAGUGCAUGGAGGUUUGUCAGCAAGAGUGCGAGCAGAGGAAGGGGACGGUGUUCGGAGUGGACCUCUCUCUGCUGUCUGGUGACGGUGUGCCCUUUGUGGUGCUGCUCUGCACGUCGGAGAUUGAGAGCCGAGCGCUGUCGGUCCAGGGGGUGUAUCGUGUCAGUGGGUCCAAGCCCCGCAUCCAGAAGCUCUGCCAGGCCUUUGAGAUUCAAAAGGAGCAGGUGGAUCUCUCUGACAUUUCCCCGCAUGACAUCGCCUCCAUCCUUAAGCAAUUCUUCAAGGAGCUCCCGGAGCCCUUACUAACCUUUGACCUGUACAAUGAUUUCAUAACGGUGGGAAAGAACAUUCAGCACACGAAUGAAAGUGAGCCAACGCCAGACACUAACGAGACGAUGGACAUCGUUGUGGGCCUGCAGAAGCUACUACAGAGACUCCCUCCACAUUGCUACAGCACUCUGCAGCACAUGAUGUCUCACCUGCAGAGAGUUUCAGAGAACCUCGAGAACAAGAUGUCCCAGAGCAAUUUGGGUAUUGUGUUUGGGCCGACGCUACUGCGCCCUCUCGUGUCUACGGACAUGUCAAUGCUGGCCCUGCUGGAAACAAGUUACCAGGCAGUAGUCGUUGAGUUCCUUAUCACGCACCAUGACAAGCUUUUUGGCCUUCAUCGGAAACCCAGUCCCCCUCCUCUCCCGGCCCCCGCUGAACCUUUGCCCGACACCCCUCCCAGAGCUUCCUGUGCCCUUGAUGGGGAAGUUUACGCCAUCUCUGAAGACGAAACCUCCUCCAGAGAGCGGCCGCGCUCAUUAGACAGUCGAACAAUCAAGAGAGAGUCAAGCGAAGGUUAUAUAUCUGACAAGUCUUCAUCCAAUGAGGCAGUGGACCAGCUCAGCCCUGGAGCGAAUCAGAGUGCAGUCCUGGCUGUGAGAGGCGCAUCGAGCGGUCCUCGGGGUGAGCCGAGCGGGGGACCGGACUCCGAUUCGGGGACCCAGCCGCACUACCGCUUCACCAGACAGCCUGUGAAAUAUCACCGGCAUCACAACCCGGGAAUCAGACUCUCCAACCCGGGCAGUGCGGCCGGACGGCCCGCAGCCCCAGCGGGAGCGUGUACGGGCAGUGCGGACAGCAGCCGCAGCUCUUCCCCGGAGCCUCGGACCCGCUUUGAGGACCCCCCGCGGGCCCUCCGGCUCCCCGCUGCCACGGGGAACCCGGUGGACGCGCCGAGUCCCCGAGAGGUCGUCCAGUACAUGCUGGCACUGGACUCAGCCGUGGCCGAGACAUCGGUGGCGUCCGGUGUCAGACCGAGCGCCGCAAAGACGAUUCCCGUUGAGCGCAAAGUGACCUCACCGGCGCAGAAGAUCCUGUCUGGACUGAAGCUGAGGCGCAGCCACUCGGGGAAAGACGAGCAGCUGUUCGUCUGAGGAAAGAUGGAAAGCUGCGACCGGGUCACUCGAACGCGUUCACACAAAACGAUGUAUGUCUGCUUUAUUGUGCGUAGCAACUAUCAACAUUUAUUCUAUUUGUUAAUAUUCAAACUCACUCAUAUUCACACGCACAAGUAUAUUCACAGAAACUGUUUUAAAAAAUAGCGGAUGAAAGUUCAAUUACCGUUUACAUUUCUAAUAUCCAGACCAGACGAGAGAGGCUCACAUAUUCAUUCGUUCUAGAAAGACAUUUCUCUUAUAUUUUAAUGCAACAAGCAGGUGGUUUGAGGUGGUUAAGAGACGCAAACUAGCACAUAUCAAGUUUCAGCUUCUGUCCUGAACAAACUAUGAUGACAUGCAGUUAAAAACAAAGUCUUAACAUAAUCUUAUUGAUAUAUGAUUGAUGAGAUUGAUAUAUUUUCUGUGUUUUCUGAAUGUUUUAUGGGUUAUAGAUGGGAAAGAUAUGCCUUCAUUGGAGUCACGGUGGAGACAUAUGUGACCUUUGUUUGCUGCACCUUUUCUGUCUUCACACAUGGGGGCAGUGUUCUUCCACUGUGGGUGGACAACAUGCCAGACACAAAGAGGAAGGGCAAUAAAGCCAUUAUUUCUAAUUGCAUGUUUUGAGAUGUAACUUUUCCACUUUCUACAUCGGGGCUUUUUCAUCCUCGGGCCUGUUUCAGUUUAGAGUAUAAUGCCACUGAAAGCAAAGCAAACUGUUCCGAUGUCUAGAUGUCUUCAAUUGUCUUUUUACGUUUUUCAUCAUACUUCACCAGAAUCGGGCGUUUUAUGCACAAAAUAAAGCAUUUUCGUUCUCUACA